UCGGAUCGUAAAGCAAAAGGUAUGAUUUUUCUGAAGGGGUGAGUAUUUUUAAGUCCCUGUGGUUAGUAUGUGAUGAAUUUCUCUUCUAGAUUUACUUUACGUGAUUCGUAGUGGAGGUAUUCAGUUCUAAACUUCGGCCAAUGAUAUAAUUUCUAGCAUACUUAUAAAUUUGCACUUAGUAACUAUGUUCAUUUUAUUUUGUACUGUUUUAGUUUCUAAAGGAAAAUGUUUUUCUUGCCGGUCUCCAUAUUGCUAUUUCUAAGUUCGUGUCAUUGUGAUGAACAUAGUUUUCAACCAGCUAAUCCAAAGCGUUCAUUUACUGUAAACCAAGUAAACCAUGUUUUUAUGAAAGAUGGUGCACCCUUCCAAUAUGUUUCUGGAAGCAUACACUACUCUCGAAUCCCAAAAGCUUACUGGGGUGAUCGACUUUAUAAGAUGAAGGCUGCUGGACUGGAUGCUAUUCAGAUUUAUGUUCCGUGGAAUUUCCAUCAGCCUGAAGAAGGAGUAUUCGACUUUACUGGUGAUCGGAAUCUGACAGACUUUUUAAAUUUAGCUUUGUCGUUAGAUUUACUAGUAAUUGCUAGAGUUGGACCGUACAUAUGUGCUGAAUGGGACUUCGGUGGACUACCAGCAUGGCUUCUUCGGCUAAAUCCACUUAUGCGGUUACGUUCCAGUGAUCCAGACUAUAUGCAAUUUGUGAGACGCUGGUUUAGUGUGCUUUUACCAAGUAUUAAACCAUUACUUUAUGAGAACGGCGGACCAAUAAUUAUGGUGCAGCUGGAAAACGAAUAUGGUUCGUAUUCAGCAUGUGACCAGACUUACAUAACGGAGCUAUACGAUUUAACCCGUUCACUUUUGGGCGAAAAUAUUUUAAUUUUCACCACGGAUGGUGCUGACCUGGGACUUUUGAAAUGUGGAUCACCUGAUAAACGAUAUCUGGCAACAAUCGACUUUGGUCCUACACUUAUCCCUGUGCCAGAAGCAUUUGGAUCCGUCGAAAAAUUUCGGGCAAACCAACCCUGGGUAAAUAGUGAAUACUAUGUUGGUUGGUUAGAUGUCUGGAACGGUAUCCAUAAUCGAGUCGAUCCUACAUGGGCUUCAGCUGCAUUAAACCACUUGAUCAGUUAUUCAGACAGAGUUAAUGUGAACAUCUAUAUGUUUCAUGGUGGAACCAAUUUUGGAUUUUGGAAUGGUGGAGCACGACCAAGGCCAUCAAUUACAAUAUAUGAUAUUAGGGAGCUGUUUUUCCAAAGAAAAGGCGUUAGGCCACCGAAACUGCCUAGAAAUAAUACUAAGAUUUCGUAUGGUCGAGUUGAAAUGAAGUUUAAAUCCCACCUGUUAGCUACAAAAGGUCCUGUUACCCGUGCUACUUUCCCUGUUUACAUGGAACGUUUAAGUCAAUAUAACGGAUAUAUGAUCUAUUCAGUUCCUUUAAGAAUUGACCGACCCAAAUCUCUUCUUGUAAAUUUCUCUCGUAUCUCAGAUAUUGCCCACAUUUUUACUGGAAAUAAUUCUGGAUAUUACACGUACCAUGGCUCACUGGAAUACACGAAUCACACUUUUUCGCUGGACAAUGCAAAUAAUAUACAGAAUAUAACAAUAAUCACAGAAAACAUUGGACAUAUUAAUUUUGGAAAUGAUAUUUACUCAGAUAUAAAGGGUAUUAUCGGGCCUGUGCUUUUCGAUAAAAAAGAAAUUUAUGACUGGAACAUGAUUCCAAUUAAGGAUCCGUUUAUGAUUAACAGCGUGUAUGAAAACGAACAAAAUCUGGUAGAAAGUAAAUGGCCAAUACAUGGACGCAUUUAUAAUGGAAUAUUCAUUAUCAAAGAGCUCGGAGAUACAUUCAUUCAUCCUGAAAGUUUUGCGCGGCAUUUACAAAACUUGAGUAGCGGGAAUGAAGAUUCCAUCAAGAGUUAAUGGGAUGGAAAAUAUUUCUGACAACUUUGGACAUCUUCAAAAUUUCUCAUAGCUGUAGAGUAGUGCAUAUUUCUCUUGUCCAAGAUCAAAACAGUGGGGUUAUCCUGCUUGACAAAAUCAAUGACGACGACGAAUAAAUUUCACUGCGUAAUUCAGUGAUGACGUGGUCAGAUGGGGCUACGAAAUCUAUUAGUUCGGUCAAAUAAAAGUGUUUUACUGAGGAGGUUUGUAGAAUGCAUUGACUCAAGCUGUAAAUUCAUUUGCAUUCAGUAGCUCUUCAUAUGAUAUAAGUUUAUGAUGAGAAUUCCCACAAACAACGGCUAAUAAAUAUAGCUUUUACGUUAGAUUAUGCCUAAGUCAAAAAUAGAAUGUUUUCAAAGAACUGAAAUCAACAGAAUAACCACUGGAAACGAAGAUUGACUUUAUGAGCGCCUUCUUCUGCUUCCAUGAUUGUCAGCAUUACUCAUUAUCCCCCUCAUAUGGUUAUCAGAGUGGGACAGAAAAGUCCUGCAGAGAAUAUGCGUUGCCACUUGUUAGCUUCCAGAAUGCUGGAUACCGCCAGCUACUGUUUUUCAUGAGAACUUCACGAAACCCAUCUCGGUGCAAGUUACUACAGUUUCAUCAUCUUUCUCAUGAAGAAAUGAACAAAAUAGUUAGGCAUUCUUGUUUGAAUUUCCCUUGAUACAUGGCUGAAUACUCAAGAACUGUUGGUCUUUUGAAGAGACUGUUCUACAUACGUUGUCUGUGUGACAGGCUUCAAGAUUUUCUAUUUAUGUUCAUUGAACUAUACUUAGAAAAUACAGUUUUCGAAGAUAUCCUCGUAAUGAUGUUUCCAACUAGUAUAUACAAUUUCAUGGUAUCAUAUGUUGUGUGAUUUACUCUUUAUUAUGUUCUUUUAAUUUGUUUUGUACUUAAACACUGCAUUUCAUAUAAAUUUCGUUUCUUCAUUUCUGCCUGCUACACGUUUCUUGUGCUUAUGUUGUUUUCGUCUUAAGAGUCUUCAUGUUUGAAGAUUUUAUGUAUUUUGGAUAUGAUCAUUCAUCUUUUCUGUUUCUGGAAAUGGUGCUUUUCUUUGUGCUGAAGUGACUUUUGAGUAUAAUACUAUGACGUAUUUUGUGUUUCAAUUGGAUGCAUAGGCUUGUGUUGAACAUUGUCUUUCUUUGUAUCUGCUUAUCUGCUUUAUGCCUGUGUUUAAUAUUUUAUUUCCUUUCCAGUCCCCGGAGUAUUUUUGCUUUUCGUUUGUCUCUUAUUCAUACUAUUUGCGGUCAUCAUGCUUACAUUGACUUUAGAGUUACAUCUUUAGCCGAUAAAUUUAAAUCACCGUUCGUCAUGACUUUUCUUUUUAACUUGUCUCGCUUCCCUUCCUAAUCUCGUUAACUUUUUGAUUUCGGGUGUCUUUUUUCAUAACCUUUUCUGUGAAUAAACUUUGUUACCAUGCAUGGCAGUCCAGGUGUUCUUGUUCUCGUUUUUGCAGUACUCUAUCGAUUAUUGUUGUUUAGGCAUUAGAUGUUUGUAGAAAUAAAUUUCUCCGG